AUGAAGACGCGGCCCACGGGUAUCGGUGCCUCGAACGCCAACUGGAUGAGCUCACUCUCCCCCAAGCUCACAGCUAUGCCCCUGAAGCACCUUGCAGUGCCCGGGUCCCAUGACUCGUUUAGUUUCUGGGUAGAUGUGAAGGCCCCGGUGGGCCCUGACCAGAAGGCCAUAGUCAAAUACCUGGCCACAGCCUUCCGUUUCGUUUCCAAGAAAGUCAUGAAGAAGUGGUCCAUGACACAGAACCUGACGUUUAAGGAGCAGCUGGACGCAGGGAUUCGUUACUUUGACCUGCGUGUGUCAUCCAAACCUGGAGAGUCUGGUACUGAGAUCUACUUCAUCCAUGGCCUGUUUGGACACAAGGUGUGUGACGGUCUGUCGGACAUUAACUCUUUCCUGGACACCCAUGGUAAGGAGAUGGUGUUCCUGGACUUUAACCAUCACUACGCCAUGGGGAUGGAGCAUCACACCUACCUCAUCAACAUGCUCCAGGAAGUGUUCGGACCUAAACUCUGCAAGAUCGGCGUUGUCGAGGAGAUCACCCUGGACUACCUCUGGGAGAACAAGUACCAGGUCAUAGUAUUCUACACCACCCGUCCUGAGAACUGUCCAUUAUGGCCGGGCAACAAGUGUCCAGCUCCUUGGCUAACAAACUACAGACACACCAAACUCUUUCAGUUCCUGGAGACAACUCUAGGUGAGAGGGCUAAGAUGGGGUCCUUCCACGUGACUCAGGCCAUCCUCACCCCCAGAGUCAAGACCAUUGUCAAGGGCCUGGUCAAGGGGCUACGCAACUAUCUAGUCGAGAGGAACCUUCCCAUCAUAUUAACGUGGGUCGAGACCCAGAAACCCGGUGUUGACGGGAUUAACAUCAUCACCUCUGACUUUGUGGAACUGUCUGACUUCGCCAACACAGUCAUCAACCUCAACAACCUCCUGCUCAACGAACAGGACCUCAAGAAAACCUGACCAACGCCACCAUAGAGUCAGAAUGAGUAGACUGGAUAUGAGUCGAAAAGAAACCCACUUGGAUCUUUUCACGGUUCCGUUCUACCCAUCAUGGCAGCUGCAUCACUGAUCGCAUGAUCAGACACUCGGGGACACGUGAUAAUGGGACACUCAGACAUACAUCACGUGACUAUCUCAUGCACUUAAAGCUCACAUGUCCAGUAUUGACUGAUCAUGGUCAGGAAAAUGUCCACAGAGAUUCACAUAUUGCGCUUAUAAGUAUAGCAACGAACAAGGGCUGAGACUGCUUAAACACACACACACACAGAUUUAACACUAUUUCAAUGGUAGCAGUUUACAGCUGUGUGUUGACAUGCAGUUAUUAUGAUAACACAUUCAAGAUAGAUCAUAGCAAUGUCAUCUUGAUUUAUAACUAGCAAUGAAAGUCUGGCUACA